GGCGAGCUCGUGGCUCGAAGCUGGUACGAUUUUAUGGUUGGACGACUGGCCAACAGUACAAUAAUCUCAAUGGAUGGGACAAAAGACUCCCUCGUGCCUCGAUGGGAGUGGAAGUACUACUGGCUUGGCGACGGGUACAAACGAACGUGUGAACAAUGGACUUCCAGUUACCUAAUGGAUGUUGCGAAUGUUGUCGCCUUCGAUUACGCCAACAACGAAGUUGUGCAUGACGUAGCAUCAUGUUCCUCAGACAUUCAUCUUCUCUGCUACUCCGUCUGUGAAGAUUAUGAUCUGUUCCUGUGA